ACUGAUUUAGUAUUUUCCUACCCGACCUGAAUGCACCAUCGUGCUGCAACAAUGGCUACUAGCUGUCACAUAUGGAGACCGGACAGAGGACGAUGCGUCAAAACCUAUGGAAUUGUCAGCCUACUGUUUAUGGACCUGCUCCUACAGUGUGUCAGUGGGUACAUGAGCUCACCUCACAUAGACCAGGAUCCUCGUUACGCCAAAGAUGCCCAGCAUGGACCUGUCAUCACCAGCCCAGUGGUGCCUGCUGCAUCACCAGUGUCUCCUGUGGAUGACGAGAACUACACUUUAAAGUGUCCAAGUGGGGGUUUGUGUAGUCGUCUGCCUGCUGACUGUGUGGAGUGCAGCUACCAUUACAACUGCACCUACGGGAGAACAGCAUCUUUCACCUGUAAAACCAAAAGAGGAGUUCACUGCAUAGGAGAGUCGGGACAACAACAAACCAACUUCUCUCUCUCCAUCACCUGUCAGUUCUGCUGGCAGCUGGAUCCCUCUCAGUAUCGCUGCUCAAAUUCCACCAACUGUAUGACAGUGUCCUGCCCACGCAAGCGCUACAAUGCCACCUGUGACGUGUUAGAUCAUGUACACUGUUUAGGUAAAAGACGUUUUUCAAAACGAUUAUUUUGUGAUUGGACUGGAGGAUACAAAUGGUCGACAGCAUUAGCCCUCAGCAUUACACGUGGGGGUUUUGGUGCAGAUCGUUUUUAUCUGGGCCAGUGGAGAGAGGGUCUGGGCAAGCUGUUCAGCUUCGGGGGCCUGGGUAUUUGGACUUUGAUCGAUGUUCUUUUGAUUGGGGUUGGUUAUGUGGGACCUGCGGAUGGCUCUCUGUACAUCUGAAUGAAAGCUGCGGGGACGUAGCCGGGUUGGUUGGUUUGUGCUUGCUUUCGCUGCUCUCUCAAGGACUGAAGAUCUGAGAUGGUGUGUUUCGAGCACGUUUGCCUUCCCGACUUCGCUGUGCAACACAUCCUCAUCCCAUCUGCUAACAGGCAGGAAGUGUUUUCCUCAGUGCAACAACAAGAACGCUACCCACACAACCGUCAGAUCAAUCCCAAUCGUUCUGCGUCAGGCUCCUGUAGAGAUGCUGCAGAUGGAACUGCACAGAGAGGAGGAAGAGGAGGGUGUUGGUGCAAGACAGCAAGGCAGCCAUUCUGCCCCCGAGUUUCUGGUUAAUUUCACACAACUGGUGGUUUGGCUCUGUUGUGCUGAUGUACUAUAGAUAGACCUGACUUCCUGUGGAGCCCUACUUUCAGAGACUGUGUUUGGCUCCUCCCUCUUUGUAAGGUAAAAAAAAACGUCAGUGGGGGGUUGGGCGGGUGGUUGCAUGGUAACCAUAGCUACCAAGCUUUUUAUUGUGACUCCAGUCACAACAGAGGAGCUGAGAGGUAAUAUUUAUACACAAGUAUGCAAAAGGGGACUCAACUACGUGUUUAUUUUGCAAAAGUAAAAAUAGCAGAAAGACUGUGACGGUUAUUUGGCGUUUUUGUACAAGGAUUCUAAUCUGAGCUGACAGUGCAGGGCACAACUGUACCACUGCUGCCCUUGGGGGCAAGAUGAGUCAUAACGAGGCCUGCUGUUACGUGUUGUCUGUUAUGUAGGAAAUGCACAGAUAACCAUCUCUGACUCCAUUCUGUCUGUUCUGUACAUAUAAUGUACAUACUGCUGAGAUGUGUUUCUCUUCAGACUGUAAGACAGCAGUUGUAAGUAGAGUUGUUCAAACAAUGUUAAUGUCACUCUUUUCUCUUUUUUUUAAGUUAUGUUAAUAAAAAGGUAAGUGUU